CAGUCGCGCGCGGACACACGGCGAAGCUAGCGGUAAGCUAACCUGAGACGUGGUGACGGUGGUUUGUCACAUCGUAACCUGAAGAUAAUACUUUUUAUUUGGCCUAAAUCCUAACAGAAGAAACUGGAAUCGGAGGUUUUCCAAGAAGAAGAAGAGGACGCACGACCGGAUUAAAGGACUUUAAAAACGUGCCACCAGUACAGACUAAUACAGGGCAACAAUAUAAGAUAGCUAGCAAGUUGUAUGCUUUCCGCCGUUUGAACGUGUGUCGUGGAUUUGUAUUUUGUCCCUAAACGGUGGGAAUCUGGUUAAAUUUCCAUAAAGUUGGCUAGCUCAAUCGUCGCCGUAUGUUAUCUUUAUAUUUUAAAUCAGUUUGUUGACAACUAGUUUUGCUAAACGAGCUACAGGGAUUUCUUUAUCUCGCUAGCUAGCCAACGUAGCUAAGGACUUUAGUUACUAGCUAAGUGGAGAGGUGGUUAGUGAAUAAUUCAGCCCAUGUUGAAGCAGCAGCAAGCCGGCUCCGGCGGGCGGAAAACCUCAAAUGGGACCUCAGGGCCUGUCAACGUGUCUUCCAUGGCCUCCGGGACCAACACCAACAGAGCACCGGCUGGAAGGAGCCGAAACUCGGUGAAGCCUCCUUCCCAACCUUCUCCAGUGUUCGAAGGCGUUUACAACAAUGCCAGAAUGCUGCACUUCCUUACAGCCGUGGUGGGCUCCACCUGUGAUAUCAGGGUGAAAAAUGGCAGUGUGUACGAGGGCAUCUUCAAGACCCUCAGCUCGAGGUGUGAGUUGGCGGUGGACGCGGUGCACCGGCGGAGUGAGGACGGGGGCAGCGGAGGAAGCUCGUCGGCUCCCCCCAGGAGAGAGGAGAUAACGGACACCAUGAUCUUCAGCCCGUCUGACCUCGUCACCAUGACCUGCCGGGACGUGGACCUCAAUUACGCCACACGCGACACUUUCACAGACACAGCGAUCAGCUCGUCGCGGAUGAACGGAGACCACAGGGAGAAGGUGCUGCAGAGGUGGGAUGGGGGAGACAGCAACGGCGAGAGCUGCGACCUGGAGGCAGACGCUUCCAAUGGCUGGGACGCCAACGAGAUGUUCAAGAUUAACGAGGUGAACUACGGCGUCAAGUCAACGUAUGAUUCCAGCCUCUCCAUGUACACUGUGCCUCUGGAGAAGGGGAACUCGGAGGGCUACCGGCAGCGGGAGGCGCGGGCGGCCCGCCUGGCCAGCGAGAUCGAGUCCAGCCCACAGUACCGGCACCGUGUGGCCCUGGAGAAUGACGAGGGGAAGACCGAGGAGGAGAAGUACAGCGCAGUGGUCAGAGACCGAGACGGGGGCGAGAGGGAGAAGGGCAGGGAGAGCCCCAGGGAGAGGGAAAAGGAGCGGGGCAGAGACAGCCCCAGCUCCAACAGGGAGGGCAAAUACAUUCCACCCCAGCGAGCCAGAGAGAUGGGGUCAUCAGUGAACAAUAUGAGGGGGGACAGAGAGAGGGGAGGGGGGGCAGGUACACCAGCUUCACUCCCCAAUCGAAUGGGAGGAUCCCAUUCUAACAGAUCCACGCCGCCUAACUCCUCCCCUAGGCCCCCUCUCCCUGCUUCCAGCAGCCAGUCCAGCCCUUCCGAAAGACACAGUCCCCUCUCCAACAGGGGAGGGUAUUCUCCGCACCAGCCCCAAAGCAACGCCAGCCCGGCCGGGGCAUACACACCCCCCUCCCAGCCUCGGCCCACUGAGCCCCCCGCAGCCGCCACCGGCAGCCCGCCCACCCCCCACGCUCACAGCCACUCGGUCCCCCACUCCCUCUCGCACCCUCAGUCGCUGUCCGAUGCCUCCAGGGCCGUCAAUGGAGUGUCUUCCCGAACCUCCCCUAAAUCUCAGAGACCCAUGCAGAAUAACAGACCCCUCCGCACUUCCAACUCCCACAGCACCCCUGCAGUGUCGCGUUCCCCAAAACCAGCAGCGUCUUCCCAAGACCCCCCUCUUGCUGCUCCAUAUGUAGACACCACAGUGGUCCCCGUAGCAACCACCAAACCUGCUGGCCCAGCCCCCAUCUUUCCUGUAGAUGUGAAUGAGAUCCUCAACUCAGCAGCAAAGGAGAAGGCAGCUGAGAGUCCAGUGAGUCCACAGGAAAGCAAGAGCAGUAAAGCUCCCUCGGUACAGCAAAGGUCACAAAUCGAAGAGCUUCGGAAAUUCGGAAAAGAGUUCAGGCUUCAGCCCAGUGCUGGUACCUCCAGCAGUCCCAGCGGUACAGCAGUAGCACCCACAGAAACAGCCCCGCCUAGCCAACCCCAGGCUUCUGCCGCAGACCCCGCCCAGACGCCCGAGCCCAGUCCCAUCCCAGCCCAGAGCCCCCCUCAGAGCUCACCCCCGGAGGAGCAGGGGAAGGAGAAGGAGGCGGAGGUCACAAGCACCGGCCCAGCUACGGCUGUGACUGCGGCCCAGACGGCGGUGCCAGACAGGCAGUCUGCAGCAACGCCCCAGCCCGCCAGGACACCGGGCAGUGAGGAGGCAACGGAGAGAGUGGAGGGCGUGGCUGACCAAGUGAAAAAGUCCACCCUGAACCCCAACGCUAAAGAGUUCAACCCAAACAAGGCUGCCCUGACACUGGCGAAGCCCACUUCAGCCCCCACGCCUCCUCGCCCAACUCCUCCCAGCCCCUCCGUGGUACUGCAAGCCCCUCCGGGACAGGGGGCCAUCUACAACCCCCCUUACCUCUCCUAUGUCUCUCAAAUACAGAUCCAAGGCCACUCAGUGCAGGCUCCUCAGAUGUACCAGUACACCGUAUCCACUGUCAGCCAAGGAAAAUACCCCAGAGCCAAAGGCUCGGUGGUUGCUCCUCGUUCAGAUCACAGCUCCUCGGCGCCCCCUAUGCUCCAGGCAGCUGCGUCGGCGGCCGGCCCUCCCCUCGUAGCCUCUCCCUACCCCCAGUCCUACCUGCAGUACAGCCCCCAGCAGUACAGCCAGCAGGUCAUCCAGGCCAUGACCCACUACCCGGGACAGCCGGUGUACUCGGUGCUGCAGAGCGGGGCCCGCAUGCUGGGGUCUGGGGGACACCCUCAGACGCUCGGGCCUCCGGGCCCUCAGUACGCAGCGCAGGGAGAGGGGCCUCCCGGGCCACAGCAGGGAAUGUAUGCCCCGCAGUCUUUCUCCCAUCACUCGGGCUCAAUGCACCCGCCCCAGCCCUCCAGCACCCCGACGGGCAGCCAGCCGCCCCCCCAGCACCCUGCCCCGAGCCCAGGCCAGUCUGCACAGUCGGGCCCCCAGCCCCAGUCUCUGUAUCACUCUGGCCCUCUCUCUGCCCCUACUCCCCCAAACAUGCCCCCUGGACACAGCUCCCCCCAGGGCUCCUACCCCCUGCAAGGGUACAGUCUGCACGGGCACCAGCCCAUUCCACACACCUACCCGUCACUGGGGCAGCUGACGCAGGCUCACGUACCCGGUGCCCUGUCGGGCCCCCACCACUCCGGCACCCACGGACCCCCCCAGGUGAUGCUCCUGCACGCCCCGCCGCCGCAGCAGGGGCCGGGCUCGGGCCCCCAGCACGGACCCCCCCCUCAGCAGGGCACCCACCAGCACUACGCCUACAUCGGACACCCACAGGCAGUGCAGGUGCAGGCCCACCCGCCCCAGCAGCUCCCCUUCCACCCCCCCACAGGGAACUGAGGACCCGCCGGGCCAACAGGGACACACACACACAGCCACAUCGCCACAGAGAGAGGGAGGAAGAGGACAGCCCCUGUCCCCUCUG